AUGUUAUUUGCAUUAAAAAAAGGUUUAUAAAAGUUAGAUCUAUUUGGCCAAACAAUAACCCUAAAUAUGAAUAGAAACGACCUUUAUACAACAUCUUUUGGAGGAUUUUCUUCUAUUCUAAUAAUAUGCCUUUUAAGUCUAAUAUUUUCUUCUAAUAUCAUAUCCUUCUUUUAAAAACAAAAUAUCUACCACGGAAGCGAAGUGGUUUUUUCAAAUGAUCCUGGGCUUAUUGAAAUGAAUGAAAGAAAUUCAAUGAUUGCGAUUUCAAUAGAUUAAACUAAUUUUACUAUAACUCCAUACUUUGACAUUUCAUUAGAACAAAGGUAAUCAGAUUUUAAUAAGCAUUCUUAGAACAUAUAUUCGAAAUUUAAACGGUACAAUAGAAAAAUAAACUAUAGAGAUUCCUUUAAAACCAUGUACAUUAGAUCGUUUUAAUAAUAUUUUUUCAGAUUAAGGAAUAGAUUUCACAAGUCAAUUCAAUUUCUAAGGAAUUGGAAAUAUGUUAUGUCCAAUGUAAUUGCAUUGAAUUAUAAGGUUUAAGAGAAAAUUUUACUUAUCAUCUUGAAGGAACAUACUCGAGCGAAGUCUUUAAAUUUUUAAAAAUCGUUGUAAAAAGCUGUAAGACGUCUGAAAUAGUCAAUGAUAAUCUUUCAUGGAAUCCUACUUGCGCUUCUGACUUGGAUAGAUAAAAUUACUUAAAUGAAAACAGUCAAUUUAAAUUGUAAAUAAUUUAAAUUAACACUGUAAUAAAUCCCUAAAAUUCUGAAAAUUAUAAAACAAUUUAUAUUGAUAGCGACAUGUAUUUUCCCUUCGUUCCACAUAAAUUGGCCAGAUUGGCUAAUAUAUUUUAUAGACAAGUCAUAAUAAAUAAUGAUAAUAGUUUACUACCAUUUGAGUAAAUAAUAUUUAAAAUAAAUUUAGAAAGAUAGAUAAAGAAGAAAUUAUAGUGAGAAAAGCAGAAGACUAUCGUGAUUUAACUGAAUUAGGAAGAGACACAGAUUAUAAUUAUGCAAUAGUAUAUUUAAGAAGAAGUCCUUUUACAGAGAUCUUAGAUAGAAGGUUCUAAAAGAUAGGAGAACUACUUUCUUACUUGGGCGGAUUUAUGUAAAUUAUGAAAGUUCUAUUUGGGUUUUUGAUAGCCUUUUAUAAUAGAACCUCAAUGCUUAUAGAGUUGGCAAACAAAUUAUAUGAUUUUAAAGAUGAAAAGGAUGUAAAGAAAUUAAAGACGAUUAACACUCUUUAGUAUAUAGAACAUAUCUCAUCUCCUAUUGACGUAUUUUAAAUAAAUGGAAAUUAAUAAAAUCAAAAUCAUGAUCUCUCAAAUAUUGAGUGGAAGGAUUAUUUAAGUAGAUUGGUUUAAAAAUCUAAUCCUAUAAAAUUUAAUUUUAAGUUAUUCAUUAAUCAAUUAUCAUUUGGAUUUUGUUUUAAAGAUAAAAAUUCUUAAUUCUUAGAAAAAGCUAUGUAAAUGUAUUUAUUUUAUUGAUUAAGUGAAAAAAUAAACAAUGAAUUGGAUUUGCACACGAUAUUUUAUUAAUUACAUGAGAUAAGUAAGUUGAAACAAGUUUUAUUAAGAAAAUCUUAAAUAAUUUUAUUUAACUUUUCACCUAAACCUAUCAUCACAUUAGGCAUUGAUUAGGUUAUUCCUUCAAGGCUCAGCAUUAAAGAUAGUAAGAAAAUAUCUCAAAUUUCUAAAUCUGAAGAAGAAUAUAUAAAUGAAGAACUGUUUUCUAAGUUACAACAAGUAAUUAAUUUCUAAUAUCUAGGCUUACAAGGAAAUCUUAAACGAAAUAAACCAGAAUCCGUCCAACUUAUGUUAAGCAAACAUAAAUCUAAAAUUAACUCAACUCAUAGGAUAGGAUAUUAUGAAAUUAAUCUAACCGCAUCAACAAAGAAGAAAUGCUUUCAAAUUAUUAGAUUCAAAUUUAAAUCAAGAAACAGAAUUAUGA